AUGGUUCUCGAGAGUACGAUGAUAUGUCAUUUGGAUGUCGACAACAGCGACUAUAUGAGAAAUGGAGAUUUCUUACCAACAAGACUUCAAGCUCAACAAGACGCUGUCAAUUUAGUAUGUCAUUCAAAAACUCGCUCAAAUCCAGAAAAUAAUGUUGGGUUGAUUACGCUUGCUAAUGUAGAAGUACUUGCUACUUUAACAAGUGACGUAGGACGAAUUUUGUCAAAACUACAUCAGGUUCAACCUAAUGGCAAUCUCAACAUAAUUACUGGGAUCAGGAUCGCUCAUUUGGCGCUCAAGCACCGCCAAGGGAAAAAUCAUAAGAUGAGAAUCGUAGCCUUUGUCGGGAGCCCGAUUCUAUUCGACGAAAAAGAGCUUGUCAAAUUAGCAAAGCGCUUAAAGAAAGAAAAAGUCAACGUUGAUAUUGUCAGUUUCGGUGAAGAAGCUGUUAAUAAUGAUGUAUUGACAUCAUUUAUAAAUGCUUUAAAUGGUAAAGAUGGUACUGGAAGUCAUCUUGUAACCGUGCCUCCUGGUCCACAUCUAUCAGACGCUUUAAUAUCCUCUCCAAUAAUUCAAGGGGAAGAUGGCAUGGGUGGUCCGGGAAUAAGUGGAAAUGCUUUCGAAUUUGGCGUAGAUCCUAAUGAAGAUCCGGAACUAGCAUUGGCAUUGCGAGUUUCUAUGGAAGAACAACGACAACGCCAAGAAGAAGAAGCUCGUCAUGCUCAAGUUGCAGAAACUGAAGUUAAACAGGAAAUAGUUACAGAAACUCCAAAUGAAGAAGCUAUGCUUAAACGGGCUUUAGCUAUGUCACUCGAGGGUACUGAGGAAGUAUCGAGCGUACCAGAGACUAAUCCCACUUCUAGCCAAGUUCCAGAUUUCGCUCGAAUGUCCGAAGAAGAACAGAUUGCUUUCGCAAUGCAAAUGUCUAUGCAAGAUCAACAAGACUUUGAGCCUGAAAAAGAAGAAGCCAUGGAAGUUGAAGAUGACUAUGCUGCUGUUAUGUCCGAUCCUACAUUUUUGCAGACAGUUUUAGAAAGUCUUCCUGGUGUUGAUCCGCAAUCAGAAGCUGUACGUCAAGCCGUUAGUUCCAUACAGCAAAAUAAAGAUAAAGAAAAAGACAAAAAUAAUGAAAAAAAAUAA